AUCAUCAUCCGUACACUCUUGGAAUUGCUGGUUGGUUGUUCAUUAUGGAGCAAGGAGUGGUGCAUCUCAUAUUUUUGAAUUAAAUAAAGUUACUUUUUUAAAAGCCCCCAUCCUUAUUAUGGUCAAAUAUUUAUUGCUAUGAAAAAGGUAGCCUUCUUUGUUUUAGGGAAAAAGUCUACUUACCCCCCUAAACUAUCAACGUGUGUCUAACCUAGGCUCUGAAGUACAAAACUAGGUAACAUACACUCUAAAAUUUGAAAAACAGGGCAACGAACCCCUGUGGUGGUUUUGGUCGCUGGUUUCGGUGACGUGGCAGCUAGCGUAUCAGCGGUAUGGAUCCCACGUGUUACCUGGUUUUGUACUUCAGAGCCCACGUGUCGUCCAGGUGUGGUGGAGGUGGCUGGCAGAUGGAUCCCACGUGUCAGACAGCCCACAAUUAGAGGAGGUUGUGCGGGGGCCCGGCCGCUCGAGGAGCCCUCCUCGUGAGUUUCUAGCGUGCCCACAUUCCAGACGGUUAGUUCCACGUCCAUGGAUGAGGGAUUCAAUGAAGAUUUGCAAUUGCUUUGCAAUGGGGGAGAACGGAGAACUGACCGUGAGCGGAGGUUGCUGUUGCUGCGGCAGGAGAACUUGCACGUGAACAUGGGCUGCUUCAUGCUUCCCUUCACUUGAAGCACCUGUGGGCUACACUCCGGCUCGCCGUCGAACUCGAAGACGAACCUCGGGUCUGGCUCAACGCGGACGGUGAUGUUAAGCUGCGCCCUCGCCGCCGUCUUGCCGUGCCUGGAGCGGUGCUUGCCGAUGGCGACCCAUCCGCUGUGGAAGACGAUGGGCUUCACCAUAGCGGCCCCAAGGUCAAGCGGAACGACGAGCUUCCCAAUCAGCCUGCCGGAGUUGACCCCGCCUCUGCCUCUCUCCCACGCCCUCCCUCAAGUCUCGCCUCGCCGCCUGGGACACCCUCUUCCUCCUCUCCUUCUCCCUGACCCUCGCCAAGCUCACCGCCCUCGCCGGCUACGACUAUGUCAUUGUCUGACAUGGAGCACGGGCUCAACGGGAUCCCCGAGGCGCUCGCCUACCUCAGCGCGCUCGACGCCGUGCACACCUCCGCCAUGCUCCGCCUCCCGGAGGCUAGCGUCGUCUGGGCCAAGAAGGCGUUGGACCUCGGCCCCGCCAGCUUCAUGCUCCCCGCUAUCGAGUCCCCCGUGGCCGCCGCCGACGCGGUCUCCCACUGCCGCUACCCGCCGCGCGGGGUCCGUGGCACCGCGCACCCCAUCGUCUGCACCUCCGCCUACGGCUUCGACGACUCCUUCCUCUCCCACUGCGAGGACGAUACGCUCGUCAUCUGCCAGGUUGAGACCGUCACUGGGAUCGCAGAGAUCGACGCCAUCGCCGCCGUCGACGGCUUGGACGUCGUGCAGAUGGGCCCGCUCGACCUGUCAGCUAGCAUGGGAUACCUGUGGGACCCCUGAACUAUCUCGUGGGCUGCCUGACAUGUGGGACCCACCUGCCAGCCACCUCCACCACACCUGGACAACAUCUUCGCCAGUAUGGAAUACCGCUGACACGCUGGCUGCCACGUCAUCGAAACCAGCCACCAAAACCACCCCAGGGGGUUUGUUGUCCUGUUUUACAAAUUUUAGAGUGUAGGUUACCUGGUUUGUACUUCAGGGCCUAGGUGAAAGGUCCUAAUAUGGCUAGAGGGGGGGUGAAUAGCCUAUUUAAAAAUUCUACAAACUCACUAGAGCAAGAGGUUAGUAAAUAACAAAGCCAAGCUUUUUGCUCUAGCUUUAA